AUGGACGUGGCAGCUUCAGUAAACGUCACCAUAAUGACCACGCACCCUCACAAGAUCCCCACUGGACUUAUAGAACCUAUUCUAAUUAAUGGACAACCAUCUCUCUCUUCCCUUCCAGGCUGGGCCAUGCCCCCGACCCGCCCUCAGCCCCAGGCGGGGCUGCCCCGUCCCUGCCCCCGGGCAUCUCACCGUGGUCUCGCCUUCGCCCAGCUCUGGCCAUCAUGGCUGGGGCGCUGCUUGGCGGGCAUCAGUGCCUGGGGCUGGGGUGGCAUCACCGGCCUUUGGCUGCGCCUGUGCCCAGCCUGGCCCCGACCCCGGCCCCUGCUCCGGCCCCGGCCCCGGCCCCGGCUCCUCCCAGGGCCCGCAGGGGACAAAGGCACUGCGGUCACUCCCGCCGCCUCCGCUGCGGCUUCCCCGGCCCGAGCUCCUCUGCUCGGCAGCGCGGCUGCCGGCCCUGAGCCGCCGCUGUCCCAUUGCCAGGAGCGAACCCCUGGGGAUGCCCAGCCCAGGCCGCUCGAGGCACCCUCAGGGGCCGUUCCUGGCCCCGGGCCGAGCGCUGACAGCCGCGUCUCGCCGGCAGGGAAGGCGCAGCAGCCCCUCCAGGAGCAGUACUGCCUGGGGUCACUGCUGGGCCGCGGCGGCUUCGGCAGCGUCUGGGCGGCCACACGGAUCUCAGACCGUGCCCCGGUGGCCAUCAAAAAGGUGCCACGGAACCGCAUCCAGCACUGGGGCAAACUGCCCAAUGGCACCAGCGCACCCCUGGAGAUCGUGCUGCUGCACAAGGUCUCCACUGGCUUCCCUGGUGUCGUCCAGCUGCUGGAGUGGAUGGAGCUCCCCAAUGACAUCGUCAUCAUCAUGGAGCGCCCGGAGCGGUGUCAGGACCUCCAGCACUUCAUUCGGGCACGGGGGUUCCUGAGUGAGGAGGUGGCGCGGGAGCUGUUCCACCAGGUGCUGGAGGCCGUGCGGCACUGCACCAGCUGCGGGGUCCUGCACCGCGACAUCAAACCAGAGAACAUCCUGGUUGACCUGGCCACCGGGCAGGCCAAACUGAUUGAUUUUGGCUGUGGCACCUACCUGCAGGACACAGUCUACACACACUUUGCAGGAACACCAUCAUACAGCCCCCCGGAAUGGAACAACUAUGGCUGGUACUAUGGACAGCCAGCUACCGUCUGGUCCCUGGGCAUCCUGCUGCACCAGAUGGUCUGCGGGGAGCUCCCUUUCAGGAGGGGUCACAGGAUCAGCUGGGACCAUCAGCUCUCGCUGCCACCACGGCUCUCUCAAGAGUGUCAAGAUCUCAUCAGGCAGUGUUUAUCCAUUCAUGAUGUGGACAGGCCUUCAGUAGAAGACCUGUUCUGUCAUCCUUGGAUGCAGGAUAUUCAUCUGCCAUAGAAGAAGGGAGAGAGCCACAGGCACACUGAUGCAGGGCUCUGGGAAGGAGAAGGAGCCCCUGGAGAAGCUGUACCAGGUGGGGCUGCUGCUGCUGGAGACAGCCAGGACGACAUCAAGGAUGACAACCUCUUCUCUGACCAGGCCACCACAAAGCUGAAGCUGAUGGACUUCGAUUCUGGCACCUUCUUCAAAGCCAGGCUCCACAGCGAAUUUGCAGAUGAGUGCACACACAGGGAGAUGCUCCCAGAUUUGGGAAUGGCACAGCCUGGCUGGGAAACAAAGGUUUCCCUUUGCUGGGGUGGAUGCAUUUGAUUCUCCAGUGGGCUGCCAAGCUGUUUUUUGUCAGG